AUGACCGACAACAUGCCCAUAUGUAUGUCGGCGGAUUGCAUCGAAGAGUUGAACGAUUCAGGACCUUGUUCACUCAUUUGUAUAGACGAGUGUCCUUUGAUUUGCAAAUUCGCCGUAGAUACAGGCUUAUCUCCACCUCCUGUGCCUGUGGCUCACCACGACGAUUACUUAAAGAGGAUCUUAAUCAUCGGGGCUUCGUCUAUCAUCACAACUCUGUUUCUCCUUACUUUUCUCGUCCUCUGCUUCAAGUUUUAUCAAAGGAGGAGAUCAAUAGCAAUCUCAAGAAGAUGGAGUAUGGAGGAGGCUAGGAAUUGGGAUACUGAUGGACCAUCUCCGGUUAUCAUCGAUCAUCCGAUUUGGCAUAUCAGAACCAUCGGUUUAAAUCCAAUGGUUAUAAGCUCGAUCAAAGUGUGCAAGUAUAGCAAAAAAGAUGGUGUUGUGGAAGGAAACGAUUGUUCGGUUUGUUUAAGCGAGUUCGAAGAAGAAGAGACGCUUAGGUUGCUGCCAAAGUGUAGACAUGCUUUUCAUCUUUCUUGUAUUGACACUUGGCUUAGAUCACACACCAACUGCCCGCUUUGUCGUGCUCCUAUUGUCGUGUCCAACACGGUAACUGAUGAUGCUAGUGAGGAUCUGCAGGAGACCCUUGUGAGGAUUCCAGAGGAAAAUGGUGAAAUCGAUGAAGAAGUCGAGAGAGAUCUUGAGGAAGAAGCAGAUGGGUUUGUUAGUGUUAUUAGUAGAGACGGCGAAGCUGAUGAGUCGCAGCAGCGAGUGAGACGAUCAAUGUCGUUGGAUUCGUUGGUAAGUCAAGCUGUUGCUGGUAGAGGAAAAGAGAAGAUCAAGAGAGGUAAUAUCGGAUCUUCCAUUGUUGGGAGGUCAAGCUUCUUGAAGAGAUCUAUCUCUUACAGUGGAAAGUAG